GUGAGACCUCUUAACUCAAUUUUCCCGAAACACGACUGAAUAAGUAAGGUCUACAUUUGGAGACAGAUAAUUUUCCGUGUGAAAAAGCCUGUUGCUGCUCCUGGCUCGCGGCUAACACAAGGUAGCUUCGAGUGUUGAAGACAGAAAGGAUGAGUGGAGACCCGAACCAGGCCCUGUUUUUCCUCCAGAUUCCAGAGCUGAACAAGCUGGUAUGUGUCUCCAUGACGCUUCAUGGGGAGGAGGAGGAGCCGAGGACCAAACAGAUCAUGACCUGCAGGGAGCUGGUGCUGCUGUUUGCUGACGUGCUGGCCCGUCCUUCGCAUGACUGCUUCACAGACAUCACUGUGGUCGUGGCUGAGCAGUUUUUCCAGAGAGGCAUCCUCCAGUGGUUUGCACAGAGGAACCAUCUGCUGCUGGGUUGUCCUCGGAGGGUGCUUGCGGGUGACCUCCAGUCCUGCCUAGCCUACUCUCUGGUCUGCAGGCUGUCUCCCAACUGGAACAAAGUGGGCCUCCACCUCGUCUGCGGGAAAGACUUCCUGACUGAUGGAGGAAUACUCAACGGCGUCAGAUUGGUGCUCAGCAGCAGGGAGGGACAGCUGUGCAUGAGCGUGCAGGCCACCACCAUGCGGCUGCCCCCACCCACACUGCAGGACUUUGGUCUGUCCCAGCUGGUGCUCAACAGGUUGUGCAGCGACCCCCACGCCGUCCUCGACUCCGCCUCCAUGGGGGGACCCAUCAGGUGCCACGUACUGCCCAGCAUGAGUAAUGGUGAGAUUAUGAGCUUCAGCCGCCGGCUGCCUCCAGACGAACCGUUCCGGACCUACACAGACCUGCAGAACCGCUGGAAACGCCUGUAUGGAUACAGGCUCCCGGAGCAGGGGGAGGACGAGGUGGUGUACUGCAACAUCUGCUUCCAACCGAUGGGAGAGCGACUCUACACAUACCCUCUGAGCUGCAUCCGGCUGCAGCCUGCGGAGCGUUUUCCUACGGUCGACCUGCAGGGGGUGCUGUGCUCCUUCAUGUCCGACGUCAGGAGCAGACUGAGCAGUGUGUGCGGCUUUGCUGUGCAGCUGAGCGGAAAGCCUGCAUAUCCCACGGUGAACUUGAGCACGGCUGCAUCCAUGCAGGUGCAGACCAGCGAGCAGAUCAACCUGACCACCUCCGUCUUCAUCAGGCCAGUGCAGACAGAGCUCCCCUCAUCCAGUCCAACCCUCCAUCUGUCAGCCCGGAUCUCUGAAUCCCAGCCGGACCAAGCUCAGAACCAAUAUGGAUCCAGAGCUGGAGUCUGGCCUUCAUCUGGGAUCUCCUCCUGUGCUUCUGCUUCCAUGUCCUCGCUGUCUGGAGCAAAUGUGUCCUCCUCUGUCUCCUCUUCUCUGCCAGUCUUCCAGCCCUCCUCAUGCUCCUUGGACCUCCUGACCCCCCCUCCUGAGAGUCACUUCAGCUCCCCACCUAAAGUACUGCCCCUCUUCAGGAACAAAAACCCAUCCCGUCACGUCAACGUGGCUCUGCUGAAGGCCCAGAAACAGCAGAGUGGAGGCACGGAAGAGAAGGGGAGGGUGACACUCCCCACCUUGGCUCGGAAGUCCCCCCCUCUAGCUCCAUCACUCCCUCCUCAUCCUCCCCCAACCGUCCCAUGCUUGCGCCUUCGUUCCAAAUCGCACAGCAGCCCUGCAGCUCCUCCAAAAUCUCAACCCAGCGUCACCCUCCUCCCCAGCCUGACCCCCCGGUCCAAGGUCAAACCCAACGACACCCUCCUCCCCAGCGUGACCCCCCUGUCAAAGGUCAAACCCAGCGUCACCCUCCUCCCAGCAACAGAGACCAAACCUGAAGCCAUCAUGAAGAUCCAGCAGGAGGUCGUCUCUGGAGGAGACUCUGCUGCUAAACAUGAACCACAGGAGAACAAACAAGCUCCAGAGGCGGCUGACGGCAGCUUCAAGAACCUCCCCAGCAGCAGCAUCAAGGGAGUCACAGCCAAGAAAAACGCAGCUGCACUCCAACACAUGGAGGUGGAGAAGAUGGCCAGGAGCAACCAGCUCUCCAAGCUGAGCUGUGCGGCUCUGCUGCGGUGGCUGAAACAGAGAGGGGUUCCUGUCUCCACCAAACUGAGGAAGGAGGAGCUGAUCGUGAAGGUCAAGAGCUGUCUGACUGAAGCCUGAGACACAAACACGCAAGAGUUCACAAACAAAAACAGUGUUUUGAUUCUUCCUGCAGACGAGGAGUUUCUGUUCUGCUGCAGCAUUUCUCCUUUAGUCGUCGUCAGACUGCAGUUCAUUACAGUUAACAUUAACCACAGGUUAAAAGUUUUCACCGCAAAGCUGUUACAUGUUGUAUAUUUGGGUAUUUAUUUAUAAUUUUUCUUCAUGUCAUUUUCUGUUCAAAGGCACAAGAAUAUUUGUUAAGUUAUUAAAACAAGUUCGUAUCUUUGCACUUCA